UAUAAACUGGUUUACUUUUCGAACAAAUGAUCCUACUGAUCGGAAUAACACAAUCACAGUUUCCAAAAAGCCCUGUAGUGUAGAUACUUUCUAGCUAACAAUUAGUAUACUAUGGCGAAUUUAAAACCAGGAAGUCAAAACACUCGUAAGAAAGUUCAGGUAUCGAUGGUAAUAUGCGAAGCAGAAGAAAAAAGACACAGAUCAGGGGUUAACGCUCUUCAGCUUGACCCAGCACUUGACCGUUUAUAUUCCGCAGGAAGAGAUUCCAUAAUAAGGGUCUAUGAACAUGAAAGGUUCCUGCACGGAAUGGAACAUCACACCGACUGGGUGAAUGAUAUCGUGUUAUGUUGCGGUGGCAGACACUUGAUAUCAGCGAGCUCAGAUACUACCGUUAAAGUCUGGAACGCCCACAAAGGCUUCUGCAUGUCAACUUUACGAACUCACAAAGACUACGUCAAAGCAUUAGCUUACGCUAAAGACCGCGAGCAGGUUGCUUCUGCCGGACUGGACAAGUCCAUAUAUUUGUGGGAUAUUAACACUCUAACAGCUCUAACGGCAAGCAACAACACAGUUACAACGUCAAGCUUGAUUGGUAGUAAGGAGUCGAUUUACAGCCUAGCGAUGAACCCUUCUGGUAGUAUAAUCGUUAGCGGAUCGACGGAGAAAGCUUUGAGGCUGUGGGAUCCCAGAACAUGUGCCAAACUGUUUAAAUUGAAAGGUCACGCGGACAACGUAAAAGCCUUAGUGGUGUCUAGAGAUGGCACCAUGUGCUUGUCAGGCAGCAGUGACGGUUCCAUCAAGCUCUGGAAUCUCGGAUCUCAGAGGAAUAUUCAGACGAUUAGGGUCCAUACGGACUCGGUUUGGGCUUUGCUUGCCACCGAGACCUUCAGCCAUGUCAUAUCAGGGGGAAGAGACAAAAAGGUUAUAAUGACUGAUUUAAAAAACAUUUCCAAUAGCAUUGUAGUGUGUGUGGAGGAAGCACCAGUCUUAAAAAUGUGCUUCACGGUGGACCAACAGGCCGUUUGGGUGUCGACGUCGGACUCCAGCAUUCGUUGCUGGAAACUGCCCACGGAGAAACAUUUCAAGGACGAAGCCAAGAUGCCUUCGUCGCCGGUGUCGCUCAUACCAGGGGGCGCCGCCAUAAGACAGGCGGUGGUUUUAAAUGACAAAAGGCACAUCUUAACGAAAGACGCCCAGGAGAGCGUGGCGGUAUACGACGUUCUACGGGCGAAGAAAGUGGAGGAUUUGGGACAGGUGAACUUCCAGGAUGAGCUGAAGAGGAGGUUUAAGAUGGUGUAUGUGCCGAAUUGGUUCAACGUCGAUCUGAAAACGGGGAUGUUGACGAUACACCUUGGCCAAGACGAAGUGGAUUGUUUCUCAGCGUGGGUUUCCGCUAGAGACGCGGGGAUUAAAGAUACUCCCGAACCGGAUCACAAAGUUAAUUACGGGAAAUUGUUGCUGCAGGCUUUGUUCGAGCAUUGGCGGGGAGUCGAAACGGAUCCCGAGAACAGGCUGUAUUUCAGCGUACCAAAGCAUAUCCCACUCAUUUUAAGCGAGGUUGGCGGGAGAACUCUCUACAGGGUAUUAGUUGGCGACACGUCGGGCGAUACAGAAAACGCCCUCUUGAACGAAACCGUCCCCAACUGGGUCAUAUCCAACAUAGAAGAGAACUGUACCAACAAGUUUAUCAAAGUGCAGUUCUACCUUCAGCCCCAUUCCAGCGUACCAUCACAUCUCUUGAAGCAGGACAGGAUGAAGAAACCCGACAGAUUGGUAGCCAACGAUUUCAUCCAGUGCAGGAAAGUGGCGGAGCAUAUUUUAGAGAAAUUGUUGGGCGAUGGGUCGGCGAGUUCUCCCGGUGGAGGAGAUGCGGAUUCGACUCCGUCUAACAACGGCUAUAACGUCGACCAGAUCGAACUUACUUGUAACGAUCAGGUAUUGGAACCUUCUAUGGAUCUGAGAACCGUCAAACACUUCAUAUGGAAAUCGUCGUCAGAUCUAACAUUAUACUAUAAAAUUAUAAAUAAGUAAAAUCGCAGAUUCCUAAACAAGAAUUAUUGUUAAUUCUUGCCAGAUUAUAUCAUCUAAUUGUAACGCAAGAUCAUCCGACUUACCAUUUUUUUUUAAAUCAAUUUAUAUAAUUUUAUCCUGUGGUGGGAUUGUAAGGCCCUAAUUCUGAAUUGUUAAAUUUACACAACCUCAAAUACAGACAAUUACGUUCCGUUAUCCGUAA